AUGUUUCGUGAUAGUUUCUUGUUUACCCGUACCUUGGGCUGCUUUGGAUGCUUUGGCACUUCUACGAGAGCCAGACAACCGCCAGGCUAUGAAGUUGAUACAUAUCCAAGUGACAGUGAUGUAUCUAGCAGCAAUGGGAGAGGAGAAGAUGAAGAGGAUGAGGAAGAAGUUGAGCAGAAGAGCCGCUCCAAAAGAUCUGAGGAAAUUUUGAAGUAUAGAUUAGAUAAUGGAUUGAUCUGCAGGCAGUUUCCUGUGAAAGAAACUAAUGAGCUUAUCCGUGGAGAGGAUGAAGAUGGUAAAAAGACGAUCAAUGAGUAUGUUCGUGAGUGUAAAAUUGGAUCUGGUAGCUAUGGUAAAGUGGUUUUAUAUCGAAGCACUGUAGAUGGCCAAUAUUAUGCUAUCAAGGCUUUUCACAAGUCGCAAUUGUUGAGACUAAGGGUUGCACCUUCAGAGACUGCUAUGAGUGAUGUCCUUCGUGAGGUUAUGAUUAUGAAGAUUCUGGAGCAUCCUAACAUUGUUAAUCUCAUUGAGGUGAUAGAUGAUCCCGAAACUGAUCAUUUCUACAUGGUUCUUGAAUACGUUGAUGGGAAAUGGGUGUAUGACGGUUCUGGACCGCCCGGUGCGCUCGGAGAGAAAACUGCUAGAAAGUAUUUGCGGGAUAUAGUUACUGGCCUCAUGUACCUUCAUGCUCAUAAUGUAAUUCACGGGGACAUCAAACCCGACAAUCUGCUGGUUACUAGUAGCGGUACAGUGAAGAUAGGAGAUUUCAGUGUCAGCCAAGUAUUCAAGGAUGAUGAUGAUCAACUGCGUCGAUCUCCCGGGACUCCAGUCUUCACUGCUCCAGAAUGUUGUUUAGUAUCAGGCAUAACGUAUAGUGGCAGAGCUGCGGAUACAUGGGCAGUGGGAGUUACUUUGUAUUGUAUGAUCUUGGGACAGUACCCGUUUCUUGCUGAUACUCUUCAGGACACCUACGACAAGAUUGUGAACAACCCUUUGAUAAUCCCGGAUGGAUUGAAUCCUCUACUGAGAGAUUUGAUCGAAGGUCUCCUUUGCAAAAAUCCGAGCGAGAGAAUGACACUGAAGACUGUGUCGGAGCAUCCAUGGGUAAUCGGAGAAGACGGCCAUGUCCCUGAGUAUUUUUGUUGCUGCAAACGCAAUUCUGCCUUGAAGAUUGAGCAAGAAGAAGAAGAAGAAGCUAAUGGGACCUCUGAAAAUCUGAGAUCCUAG